AUGUUUAUAAAAACUGUUACAUGUGCUCCAGAUGAAGAUGUCGAAGUAGACGUCGAAGUAGAAGUAGACGUUGAAGAAGAAUACGAAGAAGAUGACGACGACGACGAUGACGAUGAAGAUGAAGAUGACAAGGACGAUGAAGAUGACGAGGACGAUGAAGAUGACGAGGACGAUGAAGAUGAAGAUGAAGAUGAAGAUGAAGAUGAAGAUGAAGAUGAAGAUGAAGAUGAAGAUGAAGAUGAAGAUGAAGAUGAAGAUGAAGAUGAAGAUGAAGAUGAAGAUGAAGAUGAAGAUGAAGAUGAAGAUGUCGAAGUAGACGUCGAAGUAGAAGUAGACGUUGAAGAAGAAUACGAAGAAGAUGACGAUGAAGAUGAAGAUGACAAGGACGAUGAAGAUGACAAGCACGAUGAAGAUGAAGAUGACGAUGAAGAUGAGGAUGAAGAUGAAGAUGUCGAAGUAGACGUCGAAGUAGAAGUAGACGUUGAAGAAGAAUACGAAGAAGAUGACGAUGACGACGAUGACGAUGAAGAUGAAGAUGACAAGGACGAUGAAGAUGACAAGCACGAUGAAGAUGAAGAUGACGAUGAAGAUGAGGAUGAAGAUGAAGAUGAAGAUGUCGAAGUAGACGUCGAAGUAGAAGUAGACGUUGAAGAAGAAUACGAAGAAGAUGACGACGACGACGAUGACGAUGAAGAUGAAGAUGACGAUGAAGAUGAAGAUGAAGAUGAAGAUGAAGAUGAAGAUGAAGAUGAAGAUGAAGAUGAAGAUGAAGAUGAAGAUGAAGAUGAAGAUGACGAGGACGAUGAAGAUGACAAGGACGAUAAAAGUAACGAUGACGAAAAAUAUAACGAUGAAAAAAGUACUUUCUAA